CGGUCACAAAGGGCCGGGUCUAUUGAUUUUACAACCAAGUUUUCCCGACCGUGGAUUAUUCAAGAAAAGUGGCACUUUUUUUUCUGCGAUAAUCAAAAUCACACUAACAUUUGACAAAGACUUGCCACCUUGA